UAUAUAUAUAUAAAACCCAGAAUGUUGUCUGGUUCGAUCAAGUCGAAUAAAAAGCUUUAGGUGUAUUCUUCUGUUUAUUUGUAGACUAAAACGAUUUCAGAAUGAAGCUCCUUUGUGUAGUUGUCUCGAUGGUCAUUUCUUAUAACCAAUGCAAGGGUCUGUGGAUAUCAACAGAGCUGCUACAUAAGAUUCCGAUCUUCGGCUACAUGGACAUUAACAACGACGGCAAAGUGACAGAAGCUGAGAUCGCCGCCCUUUCCGGCCAGCCAGAGCUCGACGGUCUACUGAUGACCACCUUUACGCUAGCAGAUAUUGACGAUAAUGGUUAUCUGGACAAAAAGGAAAACGCGGACUACGUUAGGAACAACCCAGAACAAGUGAAGAAAUGGUACAAACGCUUUCAUAAGGCAGUACAAGGGCGAAUGCGUUUCAACUAAAGUAAACUAGCUCGUGCAAAACAAAAUGAUGUCAUUCAGUGAAAAAAAAAUGACGUCACGAAGAACGACUUUGAACAUGAUGAGGCUAAAAACAUCUAAAAUGAGGACUUGAAGAGUUAAUAAUAAUGAUUUGAAGAGCAACCUUUCAAAUGAUGUCAACAAAAUUAACAUCUUAGAAUUAUUGAAAAUAGGCCAAUUUGAUGAUGAAUAAAUAAAAUUCUGUAUUAGCUGUG